AUGCUGUCUGGGAGCGCUAGCCACUGGUGGAGGAACAGGUUUUCCAUGAGGUGGCGACAGACCUGCUUGCUUGCCUAUUGGCUCUCUCUGUGUGCAGCAGACUCCCUCUUCACUUGCCCUUCCUCCUGCAAGUGUAACAGUGGCAGUCUGGAAGUGGACUGUAGUGGCUUGGGCCUCUCAUCCAUCCCCUCAGACAUUCCUACGAACACCAGAAUCUUCCUCUUCCUCAACAACAAGCUAAGCACACUGCCAGGACCAGUCUUUUCUAAUCUCUCUGCCCUACAGAGGCUGGACCUUUCCAACAACUUCUUGGACCAGCUGCCCCAGAACAUCUUCAAUGACCUAGGGAACCUCACCGAACUACAGCUGAGGAACAACAGUAUCAGGACCCUGGACAAGGACCUUCUGCAGCAGAUGGCCCUACUGCGCCAGCUAGACCUAUCCAUCAAUGGCCUUGCUCAGAUACCCUCAGGAAUCUUCGAUGACCUCCCGGCUCUCCGCUUGCUCUCCCUCAGGUCUAACCGCCUACAGAGCCUAGACAGGGUGACCUUUGAACCAUUAGUCAGCCUGCAGCAGCUCCAAGUUGGGGAUAACCCCUGGGAAUGUGACUGCAACCUGAGAGACUUCAAACACUGGAUGGAAUGGUUCUCUUAUCGAGGAGGAAAGAUUGACCAGUUGGCGUGUACGCUGCCCAAGGAGCUGCGGGGGAAGGACAUGCGAAUGGUCCCCAUGGAGAUGUUCAACUACUGUUCACAGCUGGAGGAUGAGAACGGCUCCACUGUGCUGGACAAUUCUGGCCCACCAUGCACUAAAGGAAGCCCGACUCCUUCAAAAUCCAAGUCAGGGCCAGAACCUGAAGUGGAGCCGAGCGUGGGGUGCCCCCAGAAACAGAGAUACCGGCCGGUUAGUGUGCGCCGAGCCAUUGGCACUGUGAUCAUAGCUGGGGUGGUGUGUGGCAUCGUGUGUAUCAUGAUGGUGGUGGCAGCAGCUUAUGGCUGUAUCUACGCAUCCCUCAUGGCCAAGUACCACCGAGAGCUGAAGAAGAGGCAGCCGCUAAUGGGUGACACAGAGGGUGAACAUGAAGAACAAAAGCAAAUCUCCUCUGUGGCAUGA